AUGAGUAUGCAUCCGGCGCGUCAGGCCUAUGUGGAGGAGGAAAAUGGCGGGGAUGGCGCAAUGGAUGGCAUCGACUUUGGCAACGUCCCCAUCGACCGCGACCAUGCUCUGCCAGGUGCAGGAAACCAAAAUGCUGCGACCCUCAUGGAUGAAUUCGAUCGUAAGCGACGGGCCGCGCAGCUGAUAGUGCCGACUGCGGAUCGUCAUGUCAAAGCCAAGCUGCGGUCGCUGGGAGAGCCCAUAACGCUGUUUGGUGAAGGACCUUCGGAGCGACGAGAUCGUCUUCGAGCCCUGUUGGCUGACGCUGCCGAGGCACUUGGCCAAGAUGCAGCAGAUGUAGAAAUGCAGGAGGCAGACGAUGCGCCUGGCGAUGAACAGGAGGAAUUCUACACCCAGGGCACGCAGUCCCUGCUCGAUGCGCGACGUGAUAUGGCCAAAUACUCUCUCCCCCGGGCCAAGGACCGAAUCGCAUACCAGCGUCGCGAAGCCACAAUACCGCUGAAGACACACAUUGAGUUUCGCAAUAAGAUCAAAGACCGGCUGAAGGGGUUCGAGUUGUACGGAUCGCAAACUGCAGACCGGCCAGUGAGCAUCGUUCGAGUUUCACCCAAUGGCCAAUACAUCGCAUAUGGUACCUGGGGUGGCAAAGUUACGCUGUUGGAGAUACCGAGUCUAACGCAGAAGAAAGCGUAUCGUGGAGCACAUACCGAGCGCACAACUGGUAUUGACUGGAUGCCAGGCGCGACCCUGCCCGACAGCCAGGUAUCGACUUCGAGCGUAAACUUUGCGUCUGGCGGCGCCGGUGGAAAGAUUCAACUAUGGUCACUGGAGGACGAUAAGCCGUUACGGACUCUCGAAGGGCAUACUGACCGUGUCUGUCGAUUGGCAUUCCAUCCGUCUGGACGAUAUCUUGCUUCUGCUUCGGAUGACACAACAUGGCGACUGUGGGAUGUCAACACGGGGCAAGAGCUUCUUACUCAGGAAGGCCACUCCAAGGAAGUCUAUGCUGUGAGCUUCAACGGAGAUGGAUCGCUGAUUGCAAGCGCAGGCUUGGAUAGUAUUGGACGUGUGUGGGAUAUUCGCACAGGUCGUGUCAUCUACAUGUUGGAAAGCCACAUCAAACCAAUUUACGGUCUUGAUUGGGCCACAGACGGCCACCGUCUACUCUCUGGAUCUGGAGAUGGUUUUAUGAAAUGCUGGGAUGUCCGGGCUAUGCGAGAAACCAACUCGAUUGCCGCAAACACUGGAGGUGUCACAGACUUGCGCUGGUAUAGGGGCACGGAUGGGCCUGCAAGCGGCGUACCACUUCAAGAGACUGCAGAAGGCGAAGUCAUCCCAAAGAAAGCGUCGACGUUUGUCAUCUCAUCAGGAUUCGACAAGAAUAUUCAGAUAUUCUCUGCCGAUGACUGGGCUCACUGCAAAACAUUGCAAGGACACUCAGGCCCAGUGUUCAGCACCGAUGUAACGAGCGACGCGAGCUGGAUUGUGAGCGGAGGAAAGGACCGCACGGUGAAGCUUUGGGCUCGGGACGACAAUGAGGGCAUAUGA